GGCACUCAAAGGACUUAUCCUUCUUGGUGGUAGAUUUAGGAGGUGCAUAAUGAGCGGACUAGGAGAGUAAUUGCAAUGGAAUUUGAAAAUUGUAUAUACUGCAGCUACCAUAUGCCAGCCUUGGAGGCAAUGAACGCUUGUAAUGGUGAAUAGAUUACCUAAUCAAGUGUAAUGAUUGGUCUUGAAUGGUGUCAAGUUUCUUAACGACAGUUGGAGCUGCAAAUAUGCAGAUAAGUGUAGAAUAAGGUAAGCGACUGAGUCAUGACUCAAAUGUAAGAAAACGAAAGGUAACCAACCAUGGACUUGCUUUCUAGCCAUAGUAUUUAUGUGCCUGAUCCAGUUUAUCUUCCAGUUGAUACUCACCACCACUAUCUCCUCACCCCAGAUAAGUUAAUGAGAUGGGAUCAUGGAAAGAAAACCACUGAAUGAAAAAAGCAAGUGGUUAGGCUGAUGAUAUUGGCACUUCACUCAACCCUGGAAAAUCUGGACAGCGUACACCAGGAUUCCCCUUAUUAACUACAACUUGACAAUGAAUACCAUAAUCCCCUCGAAACUAAUCAAUAAGCUCCAAGGCCUUAGUCUCAAUACCUCCUUGUGCAAUUGGAUCCCCAAUUUCGUCACAGUUCAGAUUGGUAACAACAUCUCCUCCACAAUCUCCAUCACCACAAGUGUGUGCUUAGACCUUGCUCUACUCGCUUUACAUUUAUGACUGUGUGGUUAAGCACAGCUCCAAUGCCGUAUUCACAUUUGCUGGCAACACCACUGUUGAAGGCCGAAUCAAAGGUGGUCAUGAAUCAGCACAUACGAGGAAGAUUGAAAAUCUGUCUGAGUGAUGCCACAACAACAACCUCUCACUCAACGUCAGCAACACCAAGGAGCUGAUUAUUGACUUCAGGAGGAGAAAAUGGGAGGUCCGUGAGCCAGUCCUCAUUGGGAGAUCAGAGGUGGAGAAAGUUGGCAACUUAAAAUUCUUCGGUGUUAACGCCUCUACUUCCUUAGGAAGAUUCAGCAUGACUUCUUUAACUUUGACAAACUUCUAUAGAUAUGUAGCAGAGAGGAUAUUGACUGGCUGCAUCACAGCUUGGUAUGGAAACUAAUGUUUUUGAAUAGAAGAUCCUUCAAAAAGUAGUGGAUAUGGCCCAAUCCAUCACUGGUAAAGCCCUCCCCACCAUUGAGCACAUGUACAUGGAGCGUUGUCACAGGAAAGCAACAUCCAUCAUCAGGGGCCCCCACUACCUAUGUCAUGCUCUCUUCUCACUGCUGCCAUCAGGAAAGCACAGGAGCCUCAGUGCUCAUACCAUUAGGUUCAGGAACAGGUCCAUCAGGUCCUGAACCAGAGGGGAUAACUUCACUCAACUUCUCUUGCCCCAUCACCAAACUGUUCCUACAACCUAUGGACUCACUUUCAAGGAUUCUUCAUCUUAUUAUUUCUUCUUUUUUUUCUUUUUGCAUUUGCAUAGUUUGUUUUUUUUUGCACACUUGUCCUCUUUUUUGGUGCAGUCUUCUAUUAAUUUUAUUAUAACCAUAUUACCAUAUAACAAUUACAGCACGGAAACAGGCCAACUCGGCCCUUCUAGUCCAUGCCAAAUUAUGGUCAUUGGAUUUAUUAGAAUGCCUGCAAGAAAAUGAAUCUCAGGGUUGUAUAUAGUGACAUAUAUGUACUUCGGAAAUAAAUUUACUUUGAACUUUUGAAGUUUUGUUGUAAAUAACAGUUGCCAGGAAAUUUGUGGUGUAAAAGUGAUCAUUUUGCAAACCGAUGUCAGUUUAAUCAGGGCUCACUGAUGCCACACUCAACUAAAUAGUGCCUUGAAGUCAAGGCAAUGAGUUUCAACUCAUCUCUGGACGACCACUUUCUUCCAUGUUUUGACCAAAGCUGUGAUGAGAGCUGGUACCAAGUAAGUUAUUACUGAAUAAGGACUGCUUGGUAAUACUACUGUUAUUUCCCACAACUUCACUGACGACCUAGAUGAGACCCAUUUUAUUUUAUUUUUAUUAUAAUACAGCGUGGAGUAGGCCCUUCCAGCUCUUUGAGCUCUGCCACCCAGCAAUCCCCCGACUUAACCCUAUAUGAUAAUUUACAAUGACCAGUUACUCUACCGACCAGUAUUUCUUUGGACUGUGGGAGAUAACCAGAGACCCGGUGGAAAUCCUUGCAACCACAGGGAGAACGUACAAACUGCUUGUAGGCAGCGGUGGGAAUUGUACCCCAGUCACUGGUACUGUAAAGCAUUGUGCUAACCACGCUACUGUGGCACCCUAUUGGCUGGUAAUUAGUUUGGAUUUGUCUUGGUUUUUGUGAAUACUGUGGAUCAGGUUAAUUGGGACACAUCGGGACCAGUACAUUUUGGCCCAAUUAAGCAGCUGCCUCAUUUAACCAGGGUUUCAUAGAAAUAGUCAGAAACCUAUAAAAAAGAAACACUACCAUUUAACUGAGUUACAAAUUAUGUAUUUAACUGAAAUACAGAACAGAUUAGAACACGACCAAUAAUACUAACAGUAAUAAGACUGUUAUCGAUGAAAACCACCGUAUGCUGCUGUUUUCUUUCAAUUGACUGUAAAUGAAUUACUGUAAAUGUUACUGACUGUAAUAAAAUCAGCACAGACACCUAGUGUAAACCAUGGACUAUCUUCUUACAAUAUUUUUGAGAACUGCAUCAUCCAAAUAUUCAUUUUCAUAGUAACAUUCAAGAUGACUGUUGAUGUUUUUGUAGUUCUUAACUUAUUGACGUAGUGAAAUCAUUCCACUUUCACUCCUGGCCAUUUCAGGGAAUUCCAAGGCUGAAUGUUUGAAACUGUCAAGAGCAAAACAGUUCCAAAUUGUCUUACUGCUUAUUUCUCACCAACUAUCAGUGACAAAAAUCACUGCUUUUUGAAUACAAACAUAUGCAAUUGACACCCUUUAAAUGCGCAGUGAAUGGUAAGGCACUGAGAAGUGGGGUAGAACAGAGGGAUCUGGGAAAACAGAUCCUUAAUUCCGUAAAAGUGGUGUCACAGGUAGAAAGCUUUUGGCACACCGUGCUCAUAAAUUAAUGUAUUGCGUACAGGAGUUGGGAUGUUAUGUUGAACUUGUAUAAGAUAACAAACAGUAAGGUCUAAUUUGAAAUACUGUGUCCAGUUUUUGUCACCUACCUACAGAAAAGAUGUAAAUAAGAUUGGAAGAGUGCAGACAAAAUUUACAAGUAUGUUGCCAUGACUUAUGGAGCUGAGUUACGGACUCAGGCAUGGACUAGAAGGGCCGAGAUGGCCUGUUUCCAUGCUGAAAUUGUUAUGUGGUUAUAGGGAAAGUUUGAACAGAGGCGUAUGAGAUGAUGAGAGGCAUUGAUCGUGUGGAUAGUCAGAGGCUUUCUCACAGGGCUGCCACAAGAGGGCACAGGUUUAAGGUGCUUGGGAGCAGGUACAGAGGACAUGUCCGGGGUAAGUUUUUUACACAGAGAGUGGUGAGUGCGUGGAAUUGGCUGCUGGUAAUGGUGGUGGAGGCAGAUACAAUAGAACCUUUUAAGAGACUUUUGGAUAGGUACAUGGAGCUUAGAAAACUAGAGGACUAUGGGUAACCCUCGUAACUUCUAAGGUAGGGACAUGUUUGGCACAACUUUGUGGGCCGAAGGGCCUGUAUUGUGCUGUAAAUUUUCUAUGUUUCUAGAUUAGGACUUUAUUCCCUAGAACAUAUUAGAUUGAGGAGAGAUUUCAUAGAGGUAUACAAAAUUAUGAGGGGUAUAGAUAGGGUAAAUACAAGCAGGCUUUUUCCACUGACGUUCAGUGGGACAACAAUUAGAUACCAUUGGUUAAUGGUGAAAGGUAAAACAUUUAAGGGGAACAUAAGUGAGAACCUCUUCACUCAAGCGUGAUGAGAGUGUGGAACGAACUGCUGGUGCAAGUGGUGGAUUCAGUAUCAAUUUCAAAAGUUAAGAGAAAUUUGGACAGGCACAUGAAUGGAGGGGUUUGGAGUGCUAUGGUUUGGGUGUAGGUCGAUGAGACUAAGCAGAUUCAUAGUUUGGCACAGACUAGAUGGGCAAAGGGCCUGUUUCUGUGUUGUAGUGUUCUACGACGCUAUGGCUCUGUAACUGAUGGGAACAAAGUAAGAUCUUAAUGUGUACUUCGCACCCAGAAAUUUACUUUUUAUCUGCAAAGUUCAAAAAAGCUUGAGUGUUCUACAACUGAACUCAAUGGUCAUCUGAGACACUGAACUAAAAUAAAGAUGUCUACAUUUUGAAUGAAUAAAACUACAAGAAUUUAAUGGACAGUUCAAGUAACAAACGGAACUGUUCAUAGAAGAGUUGGUCGCAGAUACUAAAUUACAAUCUGAUUUCUAAAAGCACUUUGUGUUUACGUAGAUACUCAUCAGUAGUCAAGAAAAAAAGAGAAAGAUGGAAAAAAGUAGCAGUUAUCCAACAUAUGUUAAGAGGAACAUCAUGAAGAAAUAAACAACAUACUUAUAGCUCAUGGAUGUUAACCCAUUGGAAUUGAUUUUUUUUUUACAGAAUUAGGAUAAUCUCUAAAUCUCUAAAUAUUAUAAAAUUGAUCAUUUUAAAUCGACUCAAAAAUAAUUUUUUAUGGGAGAGUUGGUGAAAUUUAUCACCUUAAGUUCUUGUUCUUCUCACAGUUAUGGUGCGAUUUCUGUGAUUAAAAGAAUCGCAGAAUCAAGCGUACAUGCUGGGAGGCAGAUUGUGAUAUUUUUGGCAAUUGGUUCAUUUUAAUUUCACAGUGUAUUAAUUUGCACGAUAUAUUUUGAUAUAAAUUAAGUCAGAAAUAAAGGAAUGGCAGAGCUCAAUGCUGAGAAUGUGUAAUUCAACAGUUUUGAGUCCACAUCUUGCAAACAAAAGAUUGAACAGUGUCACACACAAAAUGCUGGAGGAACUCAGCAGGUCAGGCAGCAUAUAUGGAAAUGAAUAAAAGGUCGAUGUUUUGGGCCGAGACCCUUCUUCAGGACUGGAAUGGAAUGGGAAGAUGCCAGAAUAAAAGUCCUGAUGAAGGGUCUCGGCCCAAAACGUUGACUACUCAUUUCAACAGAUGCUGCCUGACCUGCUGAGUUCAUCCAGCUUUUGUAUGUGUUGGCCAGAAUAAAAAGGUGGGAGGGAGGGAUAGGAGGAUAGUUAGAAGAUGAUAGGUGAAGCCAGGUGGGUGGGAAAAGUAAAGGUAAAGGUAAAGGAAGGAAUUUGACAGGAGAGGAGAGUGGACCAUUGGAGAAAGGGAAGGAGGAAGGGACCCAAGGAUAGGUGAUAGCAAAGUGAGAAUUGAAUAUCAAUGUUACUCUGACUUCAAAACAUAAAGCAUUAUGGUUUGAUUUUAUAGCUAUCCAACAUAUAACCAGUUUACCCCUUUCUAUUAGCUUUUACAGAAAUACACACUCAGCAAAAAUGGCAUCUGAACAGAACCCAACACCUAAACAACACCCAACAUCAACUGCUGCCCAUAAGAUUGUUCUGUUUGAGCAAGAGAAUUUCCAGGGCCGUUGUCAUGAGCUGAAUGGCCCCUGCCCCAAUUUGAAAGAGGCCGGAGUGGGGAAAGUUGGCUCCAUUGUUGUACACAGUGGACCUUGGAUUGGCUAUGAACAGGCUGGCUGCAAGGGUGAACAGUUUGUAUUUGAGAAAGGAGAGUAUCCUCGCUGGGACACUUGGACAAACAGUCGCCGAAGUGACAAUAUUGGUUCCUUCAAACCUGUGAAACUGGAUGGGCAGGAGCACAAGAUCAUUCUUUAUGAAAACCCCAACUUCACUGGAAAGAAAAUGGAAAUCAUAGAUGAUGAUGUGCCAAGCUUCCAUGCUCAUGGAUACCAGGAGAAAGUGUCAUCCAUUCGUGUUCUGAAUGGAACAUGGGUUGGCUACCAGUACCCAGGCUACAGAGGCUACCAGUAUCUGCUUGAGAAGGAAUACAAGGACAAUAGUGAAUUUGGAGCCCAGCAGCCUCAGAUCCAGUCUGUCAGACGUAUUAAGGAUAUGCAGUGGCAUCAGAGGGGCGCCUUUCAUCCCACCAACUGAAUAGCACCUCUGCUCUCAUCAUCAGUUUCUCACUGAAUUGCCGCUAAAUUCCUAACCACGGGUUAAAUGAAUGCUUUCCUACAGUAUUCUGUAUGAAUAUGACAGCUGAGCCAAUUCAAUAAAGUCCUGCAUUUCAAACUUACCUCCUCUAUUAUGUGUUUGUUUUUUAGUAUUAAUUUGCUACAUUGCAAGAAAAGAAAUACUGGAUGUUCCACAAUAUUCAAUCUUGUUCAUGGUGAUGUUCUGUGGGACUAAUUCACUCAACAGCUUGGCUGUAAAAUAAACUUAGCUGCGGAGAAGUUACAGUUAAUGGUUGGUUACAAAUGAUCUUUAUAUUCAGUGGCAUGUAUCAAAAAUUAGCUUCGUGAGUUACCAUUGUCCAAUGGUAUGUAUUGGAGAUUGCCUCGGUCGACUGUGAAUAUCUUACAGGGGAAGCUAGAUAGUGAUCAGAAUUCUAUGCAACAAAACUUGGCAUAGUUCUUUGGAGAAUUUGGGGAAUUACAGGUACUUAACAAUUUAAAUCUAUGUGCAUGACUUGUAAAUUUUUUAACAAACAGGCCAUAAUCUAUUGGCAGAGCAAGGGGAAAUAUACCCACAAUAUAUAACACUACAGCCAUUACUGUACUACCAAGAUUUUUACAACAUUCAAUAUUUGAUUAUUUGAUGCAUCUUUCAUUAGUGAAUUAGAUGACUAAAUUUUCACACAGUUCUUUUCUAACAGCACUUUGAACAACACCAUUUAUAUGAGAAGUGCUCUAUAAAUAAGUUAUUAUUAUCGCCAUCAUUAACAGCAUUGAUCCUUGAACAGAACUGGAUCUUCUCAGAUACUUUAAGAACACAUUAUUCCUAACGUGUCUGAGAAGAUCAAAGCUAAGAGGUGUUA